AUGGAGCUUGUGGGGCAGGCAGCAUCCAACCUUGUUCCCAUCACCUGGCUGCCUGGCUGGGCAAAGCUUGCGGCUGCGCAGUGCCCACAGCUGGCCCCCGCCUUUGGCUGGGACUUCAGUUUGUCAAACGAAAAAGAUGCCCACGCCAGUGACAGCGAUGAGAACUUGGAGCGUGGCAACUGGUCAAACAAAGGCGACUACCUGCUCUCCAUGGUGGGCUACGCUGUGGGCCUGGGCAACGUCUGGCGGUUUCCCUACCUCACCUACCAGAAUGGCGGAGGUGCUUUUCUGAUCCCAUACACCCUGAUGUUGGCCUUAGCUGGCUUGCCCUUAUUUUUCAUGGAAUGUUCCCUUGGGCAGUUUGCCAGUCUAGGGCCAAUUUCCGUCUGGAGAAUAUUACCAUUGUUUCAAGGAGUGGGCAUCACAAUGGUCAUCAUCUCAACAUUUGUGGCGAUCUACUACAAUGUUAUCAUUGCUAAUGCGCUCUACUACUUAUUUGCCUCAUUUCAAAAAGUGCUACCGUGGUCGGCUUGCUUUUCCUGGGCAGAUGAGUUCUGCAGCAAAACACGACUAGCAGCUGUGGCUGUGCUAUCAGUCAGCCUGACGUUGAUCGAGCAGAGUCAGCUCAGGUGCGAGGCUCUGCAAGUAGAACUGGACAAUGACAUGGAUGGUGGUUCAUCUAGGUUGGAGGUGUCACCAAGGUUAAGUCAGCCUACAACCCACGCCAAAACUGCUUCUGUUUGGAAAGAUGCAGCCACCCAGAUAUUCUACUCCCUGUCCGUGGCAUGGGGCGGGCUUGUUGCUUUGUCAUCGUACAAUAAGUUCCACAACAACUGCUACUCGGAUGCUAUUUUAGUUUGUGUAACCAACUGCGUCACCAGCGUAUUUGCUGGGUUUGCGAUAUUCUCCAUCUUGGGACAUAUGGCAUUUGUGUCCGAGAGACCCGUCUCGGAGGUUGUGGACUCAGGGUUUGAUCUGGCAUUUGUAGCCUACCCAGAAGUUCUCUCCAGGUUACCAGUCUCUCCUCUGUGGUCCUUCUUGUUUUUCUUCAUGCUCCUGCUCUUGGGCCUUGACUCUCAGUUUGCCACCAUAGAAACACUUACAACCACCAUACAAGAUAUAUAUCCCAAAGUGAUGAAAAAGUUAAGAAUCCCUAUAACCCUGGGUGUGUGCAUAUUGCUCUUCUUUCUCGGUCUUAUCUGUGUUACUCAGGCAGGAAUUUACUGGGUUAACCUAAUAGAUCACUUUUGUGCUGGAUGGGGAAUCCUUAUUGCAGCUGUCCUGGAGAUAAUAGGCAUCAUCUACAUUUACGGAGGAAACAGGUUCAUUGAAGACAUUGAAAUGAUGAUUGGAAAGAAGAGCCGUUUAUUCUGGCUGUGGUGGAGAAUGUGCUGGUUUUUCAUUACUCCUGUGCUGUUAAUGGCAAUUUUGGUCUGGUCUUUGGUCACAUUUUCACCUCCCACUUAUGGCUCGGUGUUAUAUCCAGCCUGGGGAACCGCCGUUGGCUGGUGCAUGAUCAUCUUCUGCGUCAUCUGGAUUCCCAUCGCCGCUAUUCUAAAAAUAGUUAAAGCUGAAGGAAACCUUUGUCAGUCCCCAGAGCUCCCCUGA